GGGAUGAGCUCUGCCGCCCUCUGCCGGUCACUCUUUGCAUUACACAGAUGGGACAUUUCCCAUAAUGCUGCUCUUAGGACAACGGCAGCCUGCAAGAUGGCGCAAGCGAUAUUUGAGGCUUUUGAAGGCAUGGACAACCAGACAGUGUUAGCUGUUCAGUCCUUACUUGAUGGCCAAGGUGGAGUAUCUGACCACAACGCUCAAAAUGUCAGCAGCGCCGGACCAAUCCAAGGACUUGAUGAUGAAGAUGUCUUCCUGUGCGGGAAGUGCAAAAAACAAUUUAACUCCCUGCCGGGUUUUAUGAUCCACAAACGGGAGCAGUGCCAUGGCAACGCACCAUCCCUCGCAUCUGUCUCCCUGGGCAACCACAGUGUUUAUACGCCGCCUGUCAGCUCCGUGCAACAGCAAUCAGUUAACAGACAGAUCUCCACGUACAUCGCCGUCCCCCCGUCGCCGCUCAUCCAGACUCUGGUACAAGGGAACGUUUUGGUGAAUGAUGAGGUCCUGCUGUCCGCAAUGUCCGCCCUUACCUCACUGGAUCAGCCAAUGCCUCCAGCCCCUCCUCCAGUACAGAGUAAUCUGAGUAUGCACUCCGGGGGCACCUACCUCCACACCCAGUCUCUGCUUCCCCGACUUCCCCACCCACCACCUCCACAUGUCCCAUCUGCACCAUCGCAGAGCCUCAUGGGGGUUCCUGUCCAAGCGAACAGCAGCACCUGCAGUACUGUAGUGCAGGUCUACAGCUCACCGAUCAGCAUGCCAGGAAACACAGGGAUGGAGAUCCAUGGGCUUGGCAUGGCACCCUACACCCAUAUAGAGGUUCCAAGUCAGUGCGUUGAAAGCACAGUUUAUAACACCCCUCCGGUAUACAGCCCCGGAAAACUUGGUCUGAAAUUAAAAACCACAAGUAACAGCUCGCCCUGUGCUGACCUGAGUGGGAACAGUAUGGGGAGUGUGGAGGCCGUCGUCCCUAACAAGACUCGCCGGCCAAAGUCUGACAACAGCGGGCCCAACGGAAAAAUGAAAACCCCCAAACUGAAGUGUACUUUCUGUGAUAAAGCCUUUGGGAAGAACUUUGACCUUCAGCAGCACAUUCGGAGUCACACCGGAGAGAAGCCAUUCCAGUGCAUUGUAUGCGGACGAGCGUUCGCACAGAAGUCCAAUGUUAAGAAACACAUGCAGACCCACAAAGUCUGGCCAAAAGCUCAGAAUACAACCGGCUCACAAGGAUCCAUGACAUUACAGGUGGUGCCACUGAGCACCUCCCAAUCGGAGGAAGAGUCUGUGGAGAACGGAGCCGUCUCCAACCAGGUCCAGUCAGAAGAGGCCUCGCCGCAGGACUUGGAUGCGGUACAAGGCGGGUCAUGUGAUGGGACAGAAGCCAAGCAAGUGGUCAUGAUUGACAGCUCCUAUCACUGCCAGUUCUGCCCCAGCAAGUAUACCAGCUACUUCCAGCUCAAAUCACACAUGACCCAACAUAAGCAGGAGCAGGUAUACAAGUGUGUGGUUAAGGGCUGCGUUCACACCUGCCAGAAGCUGGACCAGUUCUUGGAGCACAUCAAAACCCACCAGGAGGAGAUGACCUAUCGAUGUCACAUCUGCAACAAAGACUUUUCCUCUCUCUACGAGAUGGGCGUCCAUCAGUAUUCUCACAGCUUGCUGCCCCUGAUCGCCCCCAAGAAGGAGAUGGCUGUAUACAAGUGUUUGAAGUGUAUGAAUAAAUACUCCACACAAGAGGCCCUGGAGCAACAUUUACAGUCAGCCACGCACAGCUACCCCUGUCCACACUGCCAGAAGGUAUUUCCUUGUGAGAGAUAUUUAAGGCGCCACCUGCCCACUCAUGGAGGAGGAGGGCGGUACAAGUGUCCGGUCUGUAAGAAGUUAUUCAGGCGGGAACAUUAUCUGAAACUUCACAGCCACAUCCACUCAGGUGAAAAGCCAUUUAGAUGCUCUCUCUGCGACUCGGCGUUUAAUCGCAAGGACAAGUUAAAAAGACACAUGUUGAUCCAUGAACCCUACAAACAGUACAAGUGCCCCUUUGCGUCUCAUACUGGCUGCAACAAAGAAUUCAAUCGCCCGGAUAAGCUGAAAGCUCACGUUCUGUCACAUUCAGGGAUGAAAACUCACAAGUGUCAGUACUGCUCCAAGUCAUUCAGUCGGCGCGCACAUAUGAUAGAGCAUCAGAGGAGCCACACCGGCAAUUAUCGCUUCUGCUGCCCCAACUGCGGCAAAGGAUUCACCCGCCAGAAAUAUCUGAAAGAGCAUAAGUGCCGACUACUCGCAGACAAUGAAAAGGAACAGGUCAGAAAGACUCAGAGGAAAAGAGGGCGAGGGAAGCAAGAUGGAGAGACUGCUGCAGAGGAAGAGACGACGACGCUGACGGAGCUGAAGACGAGAGAACAGCGGCUCGAUGACAACGGUCCGGGGGAAGAGAGAUUCCAGCAAUCCGGCGCUGUACUUUCCAUUGUGGUGGAAGGGGCCGGAGCUGCCGGCGACAGCUUAGACGUGUCCUCUGGUCCUGACAACACAGCCACCACCACCGUGACACUGGCAGAGCUGCAGAAUGCCACGGACCCGUCCUGUUCUAUGCUGGCAGUGCCUAUAUAUAUACAGAGCCCAGAGUGACUAGACUGGGAGAACAGAAACAUUAUGCAACACAAUUCAUGAAUCUCCUAAAUAUUCCUUCUGCUAUGGGCUCCCAUAUAACCCCAAUAUGGCUCAAAUUUGGAUGCAUAAAAGGAGAUAUAACCAU